AUGGUAGAUUCUGAUGUCUUCACCAAUCGGAUUCUUCGGAGAUCGCGGGAAGGUUUUUGGGGGUUUGUCUCCCUCUGGUUAACCAGGUCUUUUUCAAUGAAAGUUUCUCUCUUGGAUUUAGGUCAAUCCAAUUGGGAUGGGAUUCUCAUGAGAAUCUGGGUGAUUGAGAAAUCUCAACGGAUUCAAUGUGAUAUUCGGUUUCCGCUUGUCCAAUCCCCGAUUUGGAAAGGAUGGCGAUGUAUUAUGAUCGGUAGAUCCUCUUUCGACUUGGUAAUCAAGGAUGUCCAAGUUGAGAACAUGUUGAUGUCUGCUACGGCUAUCAAGAUUGGUUUCGGUACCAAGGGCAGAUUUUGGGAACUGGAUAACUAA